AUGGGAUUCAGGCAAGCUGCUGUGCUGUCCACGGUAUCCUUCUUUCUAGGUGUUCUGUUCAUAUGUUUCACCGUGGACCACAGAUUGUUGUACACUGAACUAACGCAAGAGGCAAUUCAAGACGGUUUCAUCUUCUACACGACUUUCUUCAAUGCCCCUCCCGCAAUCAAGGCACUCCUGCACGCCAUGGUCGGCGUUGGCGUCGUUGGCUUGAUCUCCAAGCUCCAUAAAUGGGACGAUAGUGCUAUGUUCUUUGAUGGUACCAGCUUGGCUGCAUAUGUGUUUGGAAUUGCAGUGUACAUCACCGUGACGAUACCAACUCUCCGGACAAUUGUCACACCGGUCGUCGGCGUUGACACGGAUGAAGAUAGGGCUGAAGCUCUGCGGGUAUUGUCCGCAGGCAACACCAUCAUCAUUCUCUGCCUUGGCGCGAUCCUAGCACUCCAGGCUGGCCAGGUAUACGCUAGGCGAGCAGAGGCGCGGGAACUCGCCAAAAUUCGUGAAACAGAGAAACAGAAAGAACAGCAGGCUGCUGUCGGGACUGACAAAAAGGAUCAAUAG